GAGAAAAAUAUUUCCAUUUCUACCCUCGCUUCCUCUCCGCCUCCCUCCGCCGCCAACGCCGCCGCCGUAGCCAUGGCGACGCGGCGAUGCCUCCUCCGCCUCCUCACGCGCCGCAUCGUCCCUCACAGCCCUCAACCGCUCGCCCCGUUCGCGAUCGCGGCCAAAACCCUAACCUCCCUUCCCGAGCCCCUCGCUCCCGCUCCUCCCCGCGCCGCCGCCGCCGCCUCGCUCGGCCUCCUCUUCCCCUCGCGCCGCUACUUCGCGACCCGUUCCUCCGGCGACGAAGGAGACGAGGACGACGAGGAGCACUACGAAGACGAAGGGAGCGGGGACGAGUGGGGGGAGGGCGACGAGGAGACGCCCGCGGCUAAGCCCCCCAGCGGGAAGACGGAGGAGGAGAAGCUGGCUGAGGCGGAGGAGAUCGGGUACAAGGUGACGGGCCCGCUCGGGAGCGACGAAAAGCCCUUCAAGCCCUAUGAGCCCGUCUUCGCCGUCGUCCAGAUUGGUUCGCAUCAGUUUAAGGUGAGCAAUGGCGACUCCAUCUUCACGGAGAGGUUGAAAUUCUGCGAUGUGAAUGAUAAGUUAAUUUUGAAUCGAGUUCUCAUGCUGGGCUCACAAGCUGAAACAAUCAUUGGGAGGCCAACUCUUACUGAUGCUACUGUCCAUGCUGUUGUAGAAGAGCAUGCUCUAGACGCAAAAGUUAUUAUAUUCAAGAAGAAAAGGAGGAAAAAUUACCGCCGAACAAAGGGACAUCGUCAGGAACUGACUAAGUUGAGAAUAACGAACAUAGAAGGAAUAGAUAAGUCCUGUCUUCAACAAGAAGGAACAGAUAAGUCAGAGAGUGCUGCUGUUGCUGCUUAAAUGAAGACAAUGAAUCAAGGAACAUUGUUGUGACAGCCGCCUUCAUGCAUGUACCAGAUAUUCUUUGAUUGAUUCUCGAUACACGCAUAAUAUGUUGCUUUUGCUCUCAUUAACUAAAGCAAAGAUUGAACCAAAGCUGAAGGUCUUGUCUCUGUAUCCACAUUUUGGUCCACGGGCUUCUCGAGCUGUGCCUCACAUGCAACACCGCUAUCUUGAAAAGUUUGCGGUCUGAAUUCUCUGAUGCGGGGUCAGCUCCUGUGGUUUAUAGCUACACUGAUUUUCCAUUCUGUUUUCCUGUACUGCUCACCCUGUUGAACGACUGAUACAUCACUGUCAUGUCUACUGUCCCAGUAAUGAAUAAUGAAACUAAAAUAUUUGGUAUCCAUCUGGUUAGA